AUGGGAUAUACGAAUACAGCCACGUCGGUCGAUGACUCCAAAGUCAUAACUCAUAACCUGCCACUAUCAGGAGUGCCGACCUUAUCUCAUCACCGAUUCACCUACACUCAAACAUAUUCUGCUCUGAACAACCCAAUAAAUACGUGCCACCCGGCUCCUCCUAACACGUGUCUGCCCACCGCGAGUUGUAAUUGCAAACUGUACGAUGUUGCAGCUGUAGGCGAUCGCUGUUCGCAUGUUUUCCUAAGGCUCCGAGGUUCCACGGUUCCACUUUCUCCGGCUUCGGGUCUUCACCACUUCGUCGCACGUGACCAGCCGUGCUCCGAUAUUGCCUCCGAGCUUCUCUUCCUCUCUCUCGUCCCCUAA